AUGAGUUCGCUAAUCUAUAUUUUCCAAUGUUCACUUCAGACCAAUUUUCUCUCUUUUGCAUUUUUUAUUCCCGUUUUCUUCCUCUCAUUAUUAAAGCGAAAUGGUCACGUGGCUCUUCGAGUCAGUUUUGUUGAUUACUUCCGCUUUUUUUUUCUCUCUAAUAUUUGUCGCCUGUUCUCGUUUCGGUGGGAUCACAAGGAAAGUUUCUUUUCCUUUCCUCCUCGCUUUCUUUCUUUCUUUCUUUCUUUCUUAUUCCUUCGCCUUCUUUUUUCUUUCUUUCUUUUGUCGCUUUCUUUCUUCUAUUGUCUCACACCUCUAGAUCGCUCUUCCCUCUUUCCUUUAACAAGUAACCUUAUUUCCUUUCCUUUCCCCUUCCUUCUCUUCUCUUCCCCUUUUCUUUCUUUCUUUCUUUCUUUCUUAUUCCUUCGCCUUCUUUUUUCUUUCUUCUUUUUAACCUUAUUUCCUUUCUUUUCCCCUUCCUUCUCUUCUCUUCCCCUUUUCUUUCUUUUUUUUCUUUCUUUCUUAUUCCUUCGCCUUCUUUUUUCUUUCUUUCUUUUGUUGCUUUCUUUCUUCUUUUGUCUCACUCCUCCCGCUCGCUUUUCUCUCUUUCCUUUAACAAGUAACCUUAUUUCCUUUCAUUUCCCCUUUCUUCUUUUCUCUUCCACUUUUCUUUCUUUCUUUCUUUCUUUCUUUCUUUCUUUCUUUCUUCUUCUGUAUACCUCUGGCUUCAUUCUUUCUUUCUUUCUUUUGUCGCUGUCUUUCUUCUUUUGUCUUACUCCUCCCACUCUCUCUUCUCUCCUUCCUUUAACAUGUAACUUUCUUUUUUCGUUUCCUUUCCCCAUCGUUCUUUUCUAUUCCCCUUUUCUUUCUUUCUUUCUUUCUUUCUUUCUUUCUUUCUUUCUUUAUUUCUUUCUUUCUUUCUUUCUGUUGCAGUUUUUUCUUCUUCCUUCUCCUCUUCGUUUCUAUUUUCUUUUCUACGUUAUUCAUGCUCUGUUCUCGUUUCGAUAUCUUCAAAACGAGAAGUGA